AUGGCGAGCAAACACUCGUCCCUCUCCCUCUUCCUCGUCCUCCUUGGCCUGUCGGCCAGCUUGGCCUCCGGGCAAGUCCUGUUUCAGGGUUUCAACUGGGAGUCGUGGAAGCACAAUGGCGGGUGGUACAACUUCCUGAUGGGCAAGAAGGAGCUCGUCGAGUGGCUCAACUGGCUCAGGACCAACGUCGGCUUCGACGGCUGGCGCUUCGACUUCGCCAAGGGCUACUCCGCGGACGUCGCCAAGAUCUACAUCGACCGCUCCGGGGCCAGCUUCGCCGUGGCCGAGAUAUGGACGUCGCUGGCGUACGGUGGGGACGGCAAGCCGAACCUCAACCAGGACCCGCACCGGCAGGAGCUGGUGAACUGGGUGAACAAGGUGGGCGGCUCCGGCCCCGGCACCACGUUCGACUUCACCACCAAGGGCAUCCUCAACGUGGCCGUGGAGGGCGAGCUCUGGCGGCUGCGCGGCACCGACGGCAAGGCGCCAGGCAUGAUCGGGUGGUGGCCAGCCAAGGCGGUGACCUUCGUGGACAACCACGACACCGGCUCCACGCAGCACAUGUGGCCCUUCCCUUCUGACAGGGUCAUGCAGGGAUACGCCUACAUCCUCACGCACCCUGGGACCCCAUGCAUCUUCUACGAUCAUUUCUUCGACUGGGGCCUGAAGGAGGAGAUCGAUCGCCUGGUGUCAAUCAGGACCCGGCAGGGGAUACACAGUGAGAGCAAGCUGCAAAUCAUAGAGGCUGACGCCGACCUUUACCUGGCUGAGAUCGACGGCAAGGUCAUCGUCAAGCUCGGGCCAAGAUACGAUGUCGGGCACCUCAUUCCCCAAGGCUUCAAGGUGGUCGCGCACGGCAAUGACUAUGCCGUAUGGGAGAAAAUAUAA